AUGCCACUCGUCAUUCUAACCGGGUAUCCCUGCUCCGGCCUCACCUACCGCGCAAACCAGCUUGCCGCACUCCUCGAGACAGCGCAAGAUGAACUCUUCGCAGCCACCGAGUCCGCGUCGCCUGUCACGCUAAAAUCUCGAUUCAAAGUCCACGUCAUCGCAUCGCAUGACGCUUCGCACCCACGUACCGUAUACGACCAUGCACGGACAGAAAAGGAGGCCCGAGGCGUGGCCUACGCCCGAGCUAAGCGCGUGCUCACGCGGGACAGCAUCGUGAUAUUGGACGGCAUGAAUUAUAUCAAGGGAUGGCGGUAUCAGCUUUGGUGUGAAGCUAAAGCUGCUGGAACAACAUGCUGUGUGGUCCAUGUCGGUACGCCAGUUGACCAGUGUGUCGCAAACAACGAUGCCCGACUACAUCGUCAAGCUUCGGAAAAGAACGCAGACGAGACACAGACAUCUCCUGCUUCAGACGAGUCCACGAAAAUCGACAACGAAGAGCCAUACCCACCCGAACUCCUGAACAACCUCAUCUUCCGCUACGAAGAACCAUCAACCCACAGCCGCUGGGAUAAACCCCUCUUCACAGUCCCUUGGGCAGACGAAACACCCCCAGUAGCAGACAUUUUCCACGCUCUGUCGGGAGUAAUCCUCCCCUCAGCCCAAGAACCAACCAUAACACCCAUUUCCGACCUAACAACCACCUUGAACUCAACAUCUCUCUCCUCGGCCGCAAGCGUCACAACAACACGAACAACAUUCACGCGCGGCGGAACCGCAGUCGGAGGAAGCGGGAGUUCAAAACCUCGUAUCGUCCCUCACCAAGCUACAGUCCAAGCCGUAGCAACGGACCACAGUGCCCUCUACGCAAUGGAAAAGAAGACCUCGGCUGUCGUUAGUGCCAUCCGCGCAUUCACGCAGGCUACGCCCUCGGCGGAGGUGGCUCUGGCGCAGAGCAAAGAUGGAAAGGGGAUUGAGGUUUCUGUUCCUGAUGCGCAGGAGAAGAUUUUUAUUCCGGCUCAUGUUGCUACUACUGGUACUACUGAUGAACUUGCGGGGCCCGGUGGUGUUUUGGCUUUGCCUAGGUUGCAGAGGCUGAGGAGGCAGUGGAUUAGUUUGAAUCGGGUCUAUAUUGGGAGGGGACACGGGGCUGGGCAGGGCGGUUUGGCGGCUGAGCAGAUUGGAGAUGCUUUUGUGAGGUUUUUGAAUUCGACUUUUGGGGGUGAGGAUGAGACGUGA